CGAAAAUCUUCGAAAAUUCAUGCUAGUUACACUGCCUAUUUAAAAUCAAGUUUAUGCGUUAUUUCUAUUAUCGUUUUCGAUGAUAAGAAUUAUUUUUUCCUAACGGAAUAUUAUAAGCAACGAUUUUCCAUUUUCAAUCGGAAAGAAAUUAUAAUUUAUAGUUUCAAUGGAAAAGGGCAGUGUGAAAAAAAUUAAAAAUGAGUUUAAACUUCUUCCAAAAAUUAUAAAUGGCGGAAUCGCAGGUAUUAUCGGUGUCUCUGUUGUAUUUCCAUUAGAUUUAGUUAAAACACGAUUACAGAAUCAAAUUAUCGCUCCUAAUGGUGAAAGAAUGUAUAAAUCUAUGUUUGAUUGCUUUAACAAAACUUACAAGGCUGAAGGUUAUUUUGGCAUGUAUAAAGGAUCUGGUGUGAAUAUACUUUUAAUUACACCAGAAAAAGCAAUUAAACUCACUGCCAAUGAUACUUUUCGUCACUAUUUAUCUAUUGGAUCUGGACAGAAACUGCCAUUAGAACGUGAAAUGUUAGCUGGUGGUUUAGCUGGAGCAUGUCAAAUUAUUGUCACAACACCAAUGGAAUUACUCAAAAUUCAAAUGCAAGAUGCUGGACGAAUAGCAAUAGCAGCAAAAGAAGCAGGUAAAACUAUAUCAAAAAUAUCAGCUUUAUCAUUAACGAAAGAUUUAUUACGAAAAAGAGGUAUUCUGGGACUUUAUCAAGGUACUGGUGCAACAGCACUUAGAGAUGUCACAUUUUCUAUUCUUUAUUUCCCAUUAUUUGCUAGACUGAAUAAUAUUGGGCCAAAAAGAGAUGAUGGCUCCUCUGUAUUUUGGUGUUCAUUUUUGGCUGGUUGUACUGCUGGUUCUAUAGCUGCAUUAUCAGUGAAUCCAUUUGAUGUAAUUAAAACUAGAUUACAAGUAAUCAAAAAGGCUCCUGGUGAACCAACAUAUAAUGGUGUAUUAGAUUGUAUAACUAAAACAUUGAAGAAUGAAGGUCCAAUUGCAUUCUUCAAAGGUGGAGCAUGCAGAAUGAUCGUGAUAGCACCCCUUUUUGGGAUUGCACAAACUGUUUAUUACCUCGGUGUUGCAGAAUGGCUAUUGGGUUUUAAAUGAACAUCACUUUCUACUUUCCUAUACUUAAAUACUCUGGGAUUAAAAUGACAAUAACUGACGCAUUAUAGAUAUAUUUUUUCGCUUAAUAUGGUUCGUUAGUUUUUGAAGUUGUAUUUUUCUUUAAUUAUAUGAAAACCUUGGUUAUCGGAUAUAUAUAAACUAUUAUUCAAGAUUUA